CGUAUUUGAGCAAAUGCGGUAGACAGAUGAAUCACAGCCUAUACGGUUACAAAAUUAUUAAUCCAUUUGAUGUCCCGCAAAUACCCCUCUACUUCUAUCAUUCUUUCGACGUUGCUUGAUAGUGCCCCCAUUACGAUGAGCCCGACACUGAACUCCAAACAACAAUGGCCGCACAGAAAAGACAACGAUCUCUUCAGCCCUGUUCAGUGUUGCCUUUUCUGCGGAUGUCACGAUUGUUAGCAGUUGUAAGCACAGCAGUUUAACAUGCCAUUUCAUUCCUAUAUAUACAAAUACGCUGACUACGAAUACGGACGAACACUACCCCCGAUGGAGCUUUGACCGCAUACUAAAAACUUAGGUACGGCUUUCAUGAUUCAGUCGAGUAGCACUAGUGGUAGUUAACGACUCACGCCGAAUCUAGAAUACGUUUCCACGUGGCUCGAUCUUGGGCUAGUCUUCACCAAUCGUUCCCAACACCCCCUGCUGAAUGUUAUCUUCGCUGGUCGCUCCUCUGAUGUUUAUGUCACGUGGCCGGUUCACUGUAGCCUGCCGUAUUUCGGGUCCUAUAACAGAACAUGAGGCUGUUCUAUCCUGUGAUUGGUAAGUGGGAAUAAAUAAUGAUUAAUGAAAAUAAGUGAUGCCGACAUCUGGAAUUAAGGCCCAAGCACAGACUAACAGACAUAACACGUCGAACAAAUUUUCAAUAAAAUCAUCGUUUGGAUGAUUCCAGUACUUUACGUUAGUAACACUAGCACCAUCUGCUGUCGUGUUCGCGCUGCGUCAUGUAUUUCGACAUCAGCGCCAGCGUUACUGCAUGUGUCAAAUGGGGAACUACAAAAUAUGUAUGAGAUUGCAUGACAGCGCUCCAGACGAAGUUUUCGCGCGAUGACUGUUAUUCGAUUGAACAUUUGAGAUGAUCGUUUUUUUGUGGCGAUGGAGCUAGGUUCCAGUGUAACGUCUGUUAGUCUGUGGCCCAGGUUUUAUAAAAAAAAACUUCAUACUUGGUAUGGUGCGGAUGCCCGAUUGGGAUAAUUGUUUAAUCUAGCAAAGAUAUCAACUCGCCAAAUAGUUAUAAGCAUUGCGUCAAACGAAAAAUGAUAAAAAAAUCGCUGAGUAGGUAGGCAAACUUAUAUUUUUUUUGUAAAAUUAAUGUUUGAUCCUUCUAGUGUACUAAUAGUGAGUCUGGAGCAUAAACAAUUAGAAAAUCGGAUGAAUUGCCUUAAAUAAUUAUAUACCUAGUAAAAUGAUUGGUUACAUUAAAAUAUGUGCGAUACGUUAUUUCACUCAAUGUGAUAUGACGGCUUAAGCUUUGAGUAAUACUGGCUUGAUCAUGACAUUAUGGUACUAUGGAUUAUCAAAUCCAUCACAUACAGUGACAAGGAAUUGGAGAACAUAAUGUCAUCUGUUGCAUUUGCGUUACUCUACUCCAUCAAAGUACUAUACUUAUAGCGAAUUUCUUUAUUUCCAGAGCCCUCCUGGGGCUAUCUGGCAUCUCUUUCUUGCAUCGUAAAUCGCUCAGAUUGCAUAGAUUUCCACUGACCCAGUGGAAUAAUCAAAUUGUUUGGUAAGCAUUCAAACGAAGCUAUAAGCACAGACUAACAGACGUAACACUGGAACCUAGCUCCAUCGCCACAAAAAACGAUCAUUUCAAAUUUCCAAUCGAAUAACAGUCAUCGCGCGACAUCACCGUCUGGGGCGCUGUCAUGCAAUCUCAUACAUAUUUUGUAGUUCCCCAUUUGACACAUGCAGUAACGCUGGCGCUGAUGUCGAAAUACAUUACGCAGCGCGAACACGACAGCAGAUGGUGCUAGUGUUACUAACGUUAAGUACUGGAGUCAUCCAAACGAUGAUUUUAUUGAAAAUUUGUUCGACGUGUUAUGUCUGUUAGUCUGUGCUAUAAGUAAAAUGAUAAGUAUUUCUCAAACGCAUAUAUGAAUCUUCGAUGUAUUUCUACAAGUUAAAGCAAACGAAAACCAAUCAUUUUAGUAAGUAUAUCAAAUAUUUUAUUAUUUUCUGACAAUAUUUACAAAAUUUAACGAUUUAACCGCGGCGUUGUGAUUAAAUCAUAAUGAUAUCAUCAACUCCAGCUUCGUGUCAAACAGAGCUUUUAUUAUCCAAUACCUACUGCCUUGAAUAAUUUUAAGAUAUAUACUGUCGUUCAGUUUACUGACAAACAGCAUUAGCUUAAAUAAAAAAAAUUGAUCGCUUUCUACACGUUGCACGCAAAACAUCAGUAAGAAGACGACAUAAGCAUUUACUAAUUAUUUACAAAGUUAGGUUCGAUAUUGUUGAAAGUAUUUAUUAGUAAUGAAAAAAGGAAAAACAACAGUAUUCAGAUUUCCAAGAAUGCAGCCAAUCAAUUGUGAUUGCAUUUUUGUGAUUGGAGCGCCUCUUCACUCGAGCAUUGGUAUUCAGAGAGAGCGCCAAACUGGUGCGUUCACUAGAAUCGAUUAUCAUCUGUCAGUCAGUAGAGUUAAUUCAACUGCUGUGGUAGGAUGUGAAAGUGCGUUUGUUGUGCUUUAGCUAGCUAUUAAAAACCUUAUUUUCGUUCAUUUGUUCUGUUUGACGGGCGCUUAUUGCAGUGACGUCCAAACCCUUAAAACGUUCUAUAUAUUGCAAGUUAGUUUAAAGGUGAAAGUUCAAUUGAUUUUUACUGGAUAUCUGCUACACAUAAAAGGUCUCGACCGAGACAUUAUCGAUAAUCUCGAAUAGAGCCAUGGCCGAUGACGAAGAUGAUAAAGCAACCCGUUACGAGAAGGUGUGGCAUCGGGUGAAAAUUUAUAUCCCAUUUUUGCAAGAGUUGAUAAGUCACUACAAAAAUGAUACAACUCAAAACCGGCAACAACAACUGCAGAAGAUUACCAUGAUGUAUGAUUUGCUUGCGAACCAAAGGUUGAACUAUUCUUCGCUGUGCAAGUGUGAAGUGGUGCUGAUUAAAUUGCAUAAAACGCACUCCUUAAAAACGAAAAAUGAAACGGAUUCUUUAUCGUCUGUUGAUCCUACAUCUAUAUUCACGGACGCAACAGCUACUACCUCUAAAGGGUCCUCGGAAUCCGAGCUUGAUAAUUGGGAAGCACCUGGUUUUCCACCACUACCUCCACUUACUGAUAAUCCAGAAAAAACUACUACUUCAAAUGAAUCAGCAAACCCAGUGUUGGGAUCAGAGCUUGACACGCCAGCAUCACCAUGUGAUGAAAAUAAUGUAGACGAAUCGGAAGCUAGUGUUGAUCCGUGGGAUAAUUCGCAUACAAUAAAUUCCAUGCCAUCUAAAAUAAUCAGUAAGGCACCACUAUCCUUAGAUGAGAUCCAGCGAUUAAUAACUGAAAAACCAGGACCCAGCAAUGUUCGUCCCCAGAGUGGAAACAAUUUGUCUAAGGCUAUCAACGAUACUUUGAAAAUUUUAUCGAAAGAUUUUAGAAAAACAACGACAGAGGACAUAUGUCACCAGGCUUCUGAUAGCUACGGGAGUUGGGCAACUCCAUCUUAUGCGUCACAAGUUCCACCUCAACCAAGAAUCUCACACUCCCCUCGGUAUGGAAACGAUUGGGAUACUGAAAGUGAUUCCUAUGGUAGUUUUCCACAUUCGGUGCACCAUCCACACAAAUUACGCAAUUACAAUUUAGAGUCGUCCAAAUCUCCACCCUUAUAUCGCCGUCGUGAUGAUUUACCUGUGAAUGAUGUCCGCUUUCCAAACGAUCGGAUGGACAUAUCACCUAAUUAUUCCUCGCCACCUGAUGUUCGGUCUCUUCCAGUCCCCGUGCCACCUGUAAACAUAAAAGAUCCUCGGCUUAGAAAAGCGGCGGCAAUCAGUAACGAUCCACGCCUCAACCGCGCUAAUAUUCCGCUGCAGUCAAUCAUCACACCGGUACCAAACGAAUUACCCAAGUGUAUCGCCCCCAAUCCAAACCUUCCACUAGAUCUUCCCAAAAAAGAUCCACCAAAACGCCGCUUGAGUAUAUGCGCAAAUCAAGUUAUAAUUGAAGAGAUACCACCUGAACCGGAAGUUUCGCGGCGUUUGAGUGUAUGUGGAGAGUUUCCAGGAAUACCUUUUAUGCAGCCGCCAGCUCAACCGAUACUAAACAGCUACGACGAACCGUUUCAUGGAUCAAAUUUUCUAAAUUCUGCUCCAGCUCAGUCCAUUCCUCCAUUAUUUCCUCCACCAUCGCAUCCAUUGCCAGUCGUCUCUCCACAAUCCAUUGAAGCACCUUCGAUUGCUGAGCGCGACCCACGCCGUAAACAUUUACCACCAGGAUCCGAAUACAUUAAGCCACACUACAAUCCAAUGCCCUCAGCUCGCCAACCUACCGGGCCUAAAAAAGCACCUUUAACGUAUCUAGAAUAUCGUCGGCAAAAAGAGAUGCGUGAGAAGCAAAUGAUGUAUGGAAAUCAUGGGGAAACAAGAAUGCAGGUUCAAAAUCAGAGUACCAAUAAAGGAGCACCUAACAGUAACAAAGAACCUAAUGCAGAUAUUGAUUUGACUAUCGGAAUGGUUCCGAACAAAACUCGAGUAGCUGCAAAAGCGUAUGCGAAGCCUGCAAAAAGCAAAGACAAAUCAAACAAGGAACGUUACUUUACUCCGUCUGCUCGACAGGAAGCGAAAACUGUAGACACUAAGUCGCAUAAAAAUGACUCCUCUACAGUAUCGAACAAAGGAGAUAAAAAUCGGAAUGUAGCAGAAAAAGAGAAAAAGAGUUUUCCUACUUCAAAGACAAAAGAUCUUUUCGGUGAACAACUUUCGCAAUUUGAUAAAAUGUAUCGUAGCGGCGACUUCACCAAAAAGCCUGCCGCACCGGCUGGAAUAGGAAGCUUCAAAAUUCCUAAAAUUAGACGCAUUGAGAAGUCUACAGCGACGGACGCAUCGUCAGCUGAUAAGAAUAAUCAGCUUUCGGAUAAACCGACUUCGAAAAUUACAGAAUUAGGAAAAACUGCACUUGUUGAUGAUGAUGUGUGGGAUGCAGACGAAACAGACUCUAUGCGAAAAAUGCCUGAGACAAAUAAACCAGCAAAGCAGGAAAAUUUAUAUAAAUCGAAUGAUAAGGAAAAGAUAAAUAAGCAAUCAAAACGUAAGUCGCAAACGCAGAAAACUACAGCCCUCAAGACUCUUGAGGAUGAGGACCUUUGGGAUGAUAUUCCUAUCGUCCUAUCUGAUAAAGUUCAAUCAACAAAAGAUGUACAACAAAGUCUUGAAAGUUCAGUUCAAAUGCUACGAAGUGACAGUUUACGAGUUGCAAAACAAACUGUCUCUCAGCAGAUUCCACGCCGUAGAAAUUCGGCUGCUGUUGACGAUGCAAAACCUGAAACAGAUGUAGGGGUAUCGUCUCGAAUUACACGGCGACGCAAUUCUAUAGCAGUUUCGCAAGUAGCUCAUGAUAAUGAACAAUCGAAUGAUCAUUCUGAUGUAAGCAGUAACAAAAGCAACGAUCAAGCUAAAGAUCUAGAAGAAGAGGUUAUCCGACCAGGAAAAACACGAAAACGAAAAAUUAUUGACGAUGAUGAUGAAGAAGCAAAGACAUCGGAAUCUGUUGCUUUCGCGAUUAAUAAAGAAAAGCAGGCAACAGCAGAAAGCGAUCUGAUAACGUCUGACCUACAAGAAAACAACGAAAAUGUUGUGUCGAGCACAACAACCGACUCAACGGUUGUAAAAACGGUUAAAAAACGAAAAGUAGGUAAGAAAAUAACAGCUGGAAACAACGAGCAAGAGGUUAAACGCACCGCUGAUUCGCUAAUUAAGGCAAGUUCUAGCCUUGCAACAACAGAUUCCGCAGGAGAAGAACUAAGAAAUGAUACUAAUUCACAAGAGACGGUGGAUAAAGAGGCUAAGGAAGACAAGGAGGCGGUAGAGAAUAUGAUACGUACUACAUCGAACCCAGACACAAAAGAACAACUUCUGGCCAUAUUGAGCAAAAUUUUGGACGAAAAAAAAUUGAAGAAGGUUCAGGAAAUAAUUGAAAGUCCAAGUGACAAAAGUUUACCAAGUGGUAAUACAGAAUUGCCGGCAACGCAUGAUGAAUCAACUAACGACCAGCAGGACACUGAAGUUAUUCGAAAACGUACACUGUCGGCAUCUGUCAGUUCGACUAAUGAAUUAUCUGACAAAGCAGUGAAAAGAAAACUUCCCAAAAGAACUGAAUUGGACAAACUGAAUGCAGAUAUUGCAGAGAUGUACAUAAGAGAUGGUGUGCUGAAUGCAACAGGCAGACGAAGUUGCACAAAAAAACCGCCGCCGGUUGAAAAGAAAACCAAAAAAAGAGUAACUGGUAACAUUAAAGCAUCGAACGUGAAAGAAAUAAGUAAGAAAUUCGACAUUCAGACUCCUGAUUUAACGAAGGUAGAUCUAAAACAGUUCAACAUAAUAGUUAAAAAGUUGGAUGUGUCAAAGAUUGAUUUUAUCGUUGCCCGAAAAUGUAAACAAACAGAGGAAAACUUUGGCGAAACAGAAGAAGGAGAUGAUGCAAAAUCUGCGUCAUCAACAUCACCAAAAACUCGGAAGAAAAAGCGUAGUGGUUGGGCAAGUGGUAUGGUACCUAAGAAAAAGAAAAAACUCGAAUUAACUAGCGCACAAGCACUUCAAUCACCGAUAAAGUCGUACUUACCGAAACCGGCGACUAAGAACACUAGCCGAGAGUUACAUUGCAAAAAUGUUGCAAAGUCAAGAGAAUGUGCUUUAUGUAGUUAUACAGGUACACUAUCAACAAUGGUACAACAUUAUGUGCGAAAUCAUCCCUUACAUGAGGUUUACGUUAGUCGAAUUCCAAAUCCCAUAGCUACAAAGCUUAAAAAAGAACCUACUGUUGUAACUGGUACCAUGCAUGACCAAACAAUCACAUUUCAAUGUAUUUUUUGUCAAGAAGUGCUAAGCAAGAAAAAGUACAACUGGAAACUGCAUUUGGCCAGUCACACUGGGGAGUACCGAUACAAAUGUAAUAACUGCACAAUAAAAUCAUUGACUCCAUGUACAAAUGCUCAUGAUGUUGAAUGCACUGGCCCGGCAAUGGAAGUUAUCAACGAGUUCAUGUUCGAGGGAAAUCACAUUUACGGUUAUAUGUGCCGCCUCUGUAACUUUGUCCAGCUUUCUCGAGCAAAUCUAACUAGCCAUCUGAAAGAAGAACACGAUAGACAAAUUACUGGUCACGGUACGCUACGUUUCAGUAUUUUAAACUACGAGCCUGAAGAUCAGCAUACACUUGAUCAAUCCCUGACGAAUGAUGCUAUAUGCUCCGAUAUUUCGAUGCAGAUAUCCGUGAAUGAACAAACUAACAUGUCACCUUUUAUCUCUUCUGUAAAUAAUGAUAUUGAUUCAUUGAAAGUAUUGAACGACCGUAGCUUUGUUUCGCCUUCACAGCCGUCGAUCGUCGAUAAGUUGAGAGAGAACCUUGAUGAAGUGAUGCGAAGUGAGCAGGAAGAGAAAACAUGCAGGGAAGCGAAUACAAGGUCAUCAGUAGAUGACGAUGAAUGGGAGGACAUCGACUCACCUCCGAAGGAAAACAUUUGCCGUGAAAAUAUAGCAAAAGAAACUAACAGAGCACGGCGUUCAUUAACUAAAUCAAGUCAUGCGGAUGACGUUAUACCUAUGCCGGCUCCACUAUCUUUGAAAGAAGAAGAAGUGGAUCUGUUUGACGGUAAACAAGUGGUUGCUAACGUAGGAUAUAAUAAAAUCAAUGAUAAAACCUGGUAUCUUUGCUUAGUCGAAGGAUGUAAACAUGUCACGGAAAAUCGUCAGCACAUGUAUACGCAUGUUCAAGAGCAGCACAAUACUGUUACUUGGGAUGGAUACUGCUAUCUAUGUACUGCCCAGGUGGUUGGCGAAGAAAUUACUGUUCUGAGUAAGGAGAUCAAACACAUGGCAGUAGUUCAUAUUAAAGAUCAUACGGCGGUUGAUGAACUGCUUUCGUUGCCCAGUGAAAGCUCAGAAUUGUCGUUGCUGGAUGAUGAUCAUCAUACACUAAAACUUCGUCGAUUCUCCGGUGACAAACUAUCUGUGGGAUUGCUAAUGGGCAGUGAAUCAGAAGAACUGAUUAAUAUGAAACCAUGGUUGCAAAUGUCCUCAAAAAAGACUCGUGCACACGCUUUAAACAUGUUAGAGCAAAAAAGUCUAUUUUGUUUUUAUAAGUGCAUGGGCACCAGCUGUUGCUUUACAACUACUAAUGAAGUAUCAAUGCAACAGCAUUUAGAAAACCACGAUUUGGUAACUGAUGUAAGCGGUUUGGCUUCGACCAGGAGUUGGCUUGAAUGUGCUUACUGUGACCAGCAAUUUGCAAGCAAAACUGAUCUAGUGGACCAUCUCAAAAUUGCACAUUCUAAAAGUGUCCAUCAAUGCGCAUAUUGUUUCUAUCGCAGCCGUGAUGCGCAUAGUGUCAUUCAACACCAAAAACUGUAUCACGAAACAGAAGCCAAAAAGGUGCUUUUAAUUUCAUCCGAAAAGCUGUCACUGACGGCAGCAGACAACGAAAUGCUUAAUCGACGUCGACUCGAGAACAUUUUACCAUUGAUAUGCACAGUUUGUAAGGAGGAAUUCUGUGGACUUGAUGCAUAUAUGACCCAUUUGAAAGUUACUCACGCUGAAUUGACAACAAUUGAGUGCCAAUGUUGCAAAGAGAUAGUCCAAAAGCCAAAAUUACCCCGCCAUCUAUUGCUCCACCAAAUCGGAAUCUACGAAUGCAUGUAUUGUCAGUUCGGUAGCAACACAAUGGAAGCGGUACAAACACACGUUUGUAACUGUCAUCCAGACGAACCGUUCUAUUGCUGUGUGCGGUAUAACAAAACGCCUGGAAAGGCCAAGGAAGCUUCCCUUAAAGCUCUGUUUGAAAUACCUGUGGACGAGAGUGUUUUCGUUUAUUGUCCAUUUAGUAUGGAAGAAUUGAACUAUAAAUCAACAGAUACCAAAAGUAAUCGUGAUAUCGCGUCGAUUACCAAAUCAACUGUCAUUCCGUUACAGCUCCCGCCGAUUCGGUUCGGCGAUACAAAUAUUCUACUAAGUGCACAGAUUCCUGCCUCAUCUACUGGAACAAUUACACAACAAACAGUUGUUGUUACUUCAGAAACAGGAGCUAUCACCGUUCCGUCGAUUUCUACAGCAUCUGGUGCAAAUAAUCUUCUAGGAAACUUACCGGUUCCAAUUAUCACCGCCGUCCAAGGAAAUUAUUUUGGACGUGCCACAGUUACAUCAACAGUAUCGCAAAGCUUGCCGAUUAUCUCGAAUGUGGCUGGUGGUGUUUCGGUGACGAAGGAUCUCGGCAUGCCCGUUAUUACCAGAGUGGAAGGAGGUGUUUCAGGAGUGGGUACAAUGAAGUCAUCCUCCUCCCUGGUGGGUACCAAGAUUAUCAUUUCUCCGAACAAGGGAGUCGGAGUACCGAUUAUAACUAACGUUUGUAGCAUCGCCUCUCCAAAACAGCCGACGACAGAAGAUGAAAAACUAAUGCUAGAGGCCGAACGCGUUGCAAUGGAAAUGAUCAAGGAUACAGGUUUGCCAAAGCAUGUGAUUUAUAGGUGCGUCUACAAAGGUUGUAAUUCUAUAUUACCGGAUGGAACUGGGAUGCGAAAACAUCUCACAUUUUCCCAUUUGCUCUCUCCUCAUUAUACCUGUAUUCAUUGCAAGGGUCGGCCAACGUUUCCGAACGUAAUGGCUUUUACGCAACAUUUAAAAACGCACGAAACACAGCGAAUAUUCUGUUUCAUGUGCGAUUAUAAAGGAUCCUUCCCUCCAGAAGUGAUAAAACAUGUUAAAGAUGUGCAUAAAACAAGCAAACCAACGAUCCUUUUCCUGAAUCCUAAGAAGAACGAUCCGAAUAAUGAUCUUAUAUUGUUUGCCCCGGGCCAACCGGCUGAUUCGGAAAAAAAAGCAUUCUAUAAAAAGCUAAUCGAUCUCUAUAAUCAUAAACUGCAGGCUGCGUUACUUCAACAAAAGACCCAUUUCGCUCCUGAGGAGUGCGACUCUCUACCGAAACAGGCAAUAUUUAGUCAGAUGGUGUCUUGUAACAAUUGUCAGUAUAGUACUAAAGUACGAUUAAAUAUGUACCGUCAUCUCAAGAAUCAUUUGAAUGAUAUGCCUGUUUCAAAUGUAGACCCGAAAAAUCCAGUUCCCUGCUGGAAUCAAGGGGAAAAACAUUUCGAUCGAAUGCGUAAUCCAGCUGCUAGUUCUCAAGAGGACGACGAUUUAAUUCAAUCCCUUUGUUUUGUGCAAGAAAACAAGCGAUUCAUUUGUGGCGCAACCGAUUGUCGUUAUUUGACCAUUACUGAAAAUAUGUUGCGGAAUCAUCUCGCUACCUUACACAUUGACGCAAAAGAUUACAAAUGUCCACAUUGUCCCGCAGUGCAUAUUUUUGCCGGUCAAUUAAAUGUCACUAAAGUUCUAGAACAUUUGAAAUUGCACGACAAGGAACUCUACCGCUGUAGUAAAUGCAGUGUAUUCAUGAAUAACAAAAACGAUAUGGAUCGACAUAUCGGUGAAAAACAUUCAAACGUUCCCAAUGUGUCGAUGUUUAUUAUCCGCGAUGGGAGCACUGCUGGCAGUGUUUCCAGUGUUGCUGCUGAUGAUGAAGUUGUUUUCAAUUGGAAAUGUGAUGUGUGCAAGUUUAAGACUGUUACUCUUGCAGAAAUGCGUGCUCACAUGCAAAUAACGCACAACAUCAACGCCAAAUAUCGCUGUUCACUGUGCUUGUACAGUUGUUCCAAUAAAGCACAGUUUACCGGUCAUUUCGAAAAAGAUCACCCCGGUUCUGAAAUAGUAAUAAUUUCAAUGUACAAAGCCAUUGAAGGCGCUGACAGUCGAGCAGAUACAACUCCGUUAUGGAGAAGAGAAACGAACAAAACCAAAAGCAUUCGAGGCAUUAUGUUGGAGCCAGAGGAAGAUAACGAAGAUGAAGUUGAUGCUAUUGAAGAAAAUCUUUCAGUAGGAAAUAUAGCUCAACUAAAGCUCGAUCUGGAAACUCCGGGACCGAGCGGCAUACAACCAAAGCAACACGAAGAAGAUAUCACAGUAAAAGCUUUCAAAUGUGGAUUUAAAGGAUGCACUUACGUAAAUGAUUUUGGUUCGGGUAUUGUAACUCAUUUUAAAUCAAAUCAUCCUAAUGAUAAACCGUCUGUACUGCGAAAUGCAUUGGCGAAUCCUCAACAAUCGCGGUUUGACUAUUUUCUAAAAUAUGCCUGCUUCUACUGUGUCAAGAAAGCGGACACCGUAAGUGAACUUUUCCAACACUGGCGCACAUUGCAUAAGAUGACAGGUACAAGAAGUCAAGAUAAGCCGUUCCUAUUCCGUACCGCGAAAAUCAUUCUGUGUUUCUACUGUCGGAAAGGAGCCGUCAUGCCGGAGAUGAAGUCUCAUUUUAUCUCCUGUCAUCCUGGGUUAAAGCCAAUCUAUCUAGACUUUCGCAAUCCGAAACGUUGUGCCGAAUGUGAUUAUACAAUUGGUACCAAUAGACACGAUAUGGUAAUUCAUUUCGCUGAACGUCAUAAGACAGAAAAUGAAUACGCGAAGGGUUGGAUCGAUUAUUUGUCUGAUGAUACACUAGAUAAAAUUUUACAAUUGAACAGUGUAAUCUAUGGCUGCGUAAAGUGCGGUUAUACUUCUGAAAACAAUCUCGAGUUUACUAUGCAUUACGGUACUAAGCAUCCCGGUCAAGCGAUUGAAUUCAAUGAGUUUCCAAUCACGAAAAAAAUCACUUAUUACUGUGCAUACCACAACUGUAAAGGGGAGUUCACCAACGAGCGGGACCUGGCCAGGCACAUUGUACAACAUGUACCUCCGUUUGAGUGCCGCUGCGAUGAAGGACAAUGUUUGGUACAGUUCCGUUCCUUCACAAUGCUCUUGCAGCACUAUCAAAUUACUCAUCCUCACCAAAAGUUGCAGUAUGCACUAAAAACACCGGAAGAUUACAAAAAUGUACUACGUAUGAUAACCAUCCAGUUCUGGAAUGGGUUCGUUAUGACAAUGGAAGACGCCAGACAAGCAGGCAACCGUUAUGGCAGCCACGAAGGAUUCUUCAAAAUGGUCGACGAAAUAUGUGCCGAGUCCGUUACAGCGGGAACGCAGUUGCUGUAAAUAUAUUAAGACUUAUUUUAUUUUAUAAGGCUGUUUAAAACAUUACAAGAAACGUGUAACAUUAGCUUAGUACGAUAUGCGUCGCAUACCUCUAAAUACAUUACUUUGUUAUUAAAA